AUUUAUGUUGGUACUACUUAAAUAAAAUCGUUAAACGUCAAACAUCUAAAAGUCUAAAAAUAACCUAAAAAACUUAAGUCAUUUCUAUUUUUAUAUAUUUUUGGGAUUAAAACGAGAUAAAACCGCUUUAAAAUCGAUCGAAAAUAUUUUAGAUUAUUGAUUAAAGUCGGAGUAGAAACGCUUGAUAUCGCCAUCUGUUGCGUUUAACCCACAUUAAUUGAGUCGCUUUCAGUAGAAAAAUCGAAUUCCCCUCAAACAAACAGCUGGGUUUCCCCAAAAAAGUCUUUGUCAUGGAUAUAAUGGAUCAGUUUCGAAACGAAACCGAGCUAAUCGGGUUCAAAAAUAACCAACCCGUUACGAGAAAACGAAAUUUAGGCUUGGGAGUGGAAGGAAAAAGCGUCGUUUUAACCGGAAAUAACAAAGUAAUCAUAUUACAAAACAAUAAAAGUGUCCGAAUCCCAAUGAGAUUGUGCACAAUGGUCCCGGAAAACGUAAGAAAAGCAGUUUUAGAACAACUUCCCAACAUCAAAGAUAAGAAACAUGUGGAGGCCAAACCUUAUCGCAACGGAGAUAACGAAAAUAAUCAAAAAAGUGGGACUUCACACGAAUUAGUCGCAGUUAAAACUGAGCCGGAAGAAGUCGAAUUAAUUAAACGUAAAAUGGAUGUUAACGAAGUGAAACCAAAUCGAAUUCGGGCGAAAAAAAAGAUUGUUAGGAGAUCGAACCAACAAAAAACGUUACAAAACAUCGUCAAGUUAUUAAAAAGGAAUCAAAAGGGUAAAUUAAAAAGGAAUUUAACGAAACGUUCGAUUUCGUGCCAAACGGAAGCGUUUACGAACGAUAUUUCUUGCCAAACCGAUGAAUUAAUUGGAAAUGAGAUUUUGAGUUUGUUUGAGAAUAUAGAUAAAGAUUCGAUUUUGGGCUCACCUUCUGAUUUUAUGACGAUUGAUUAUCCAUCUCCAGGGAAUUAUUUUGUGAACAAUCAAAAUAAUCAAUUACAAAGUGAUUAUGGAAAUCAUUUGGAUGUUAGGAAGGUUAGGUUUUAUGAGAAUUUAAAGAAUUGUGAUUGUCCUGAUGCUGCUGGGCACAUUCCGUUACAUAUAGCCGUUUUACAUAAUAACAAAGCCGAAGUACACAAUCAAUGUUUGUUAUUAAAAGCGAGAAAAUUUUCGGUGGAUGUCCCGAAUAACCAAGGAAACACCCCGUUGCAUUUAGCCGUUUUAAACGAAUCCGAUAUCGAGAUAAUUAAAGUGUUAUUAGCGAACGGGGCCGAUCCUUUAAUGAAAGACGGAAACGGAAAUACUUCGUUGCACAACGCGAUUCAUUCAAACGAAGACGAACAAAUCCUUCAAAUCCUUUUAAACCACUUAAAAAAGACCGAGGAAAACGUCGAUGUCUUUAAUUACGAGGGAUUCACCCCGUUGAUGUUGUGCGUUAUCGAGGAUAAACAUAAAAUGGCCAUGAAUUGCAUCGCAGCGGGGGCUAAUCCGAAUACGAAGGAUCAAAAAUCGGGGAGGACCUCGUUAUUUCAUGCGGUUGAAAAUAAUAAUCUGCAAAUGGUGAAAUUGUUUAUGAGAACGGGGGCUAAUACUAAAAUAAAGAACUUUUUUGGGACGAGUACUCACGAGGCAACUUUCGAACUUGAAAGUAUUAACCCAGAAAUAAAAACUUUAAUCAUAGGAAAAGAAAUAAACGGAAAUCGGACUCGAAUCGCCAUCGCAAAGAAGAAAAAGAAAGUCCAACAAACCAAGUCAAUCGAGUUACCGACGUUUAAAAAUAAAUUAAAGACCGUGAGGAUAUUGAAAAUCAUCGAGAAAGAUAUUCGAAAAUAAAAAUCAAAUUUUAAUUGAUUAAAACUAUGGUACAUUAAUAAAAUUAUUAUUUAGGUUGGUUGUAAUGAA